AGCAUGAACUAGCUAUUUAAGAACCGAUGACAAGUACAGGCAGUUGUGAUGGCGUGUCAAGGGUGGUAGGCAUAACUAGACUUAUUUCUGGUGUAGUGUCAGUCAAGUGGUCAGUCUGGAGCUUCUCCCUGUCUGAGGAGCAGUGGCAAGAUGGGCAGGAUAAAAGGCUGGGAAGGCAUAGUCACCAUUCUGGGGCUUUUUUUGCUGUAUACAGUCUCACUGACUGAGACAUCAAUCACUGAUGCAGACUGGCACAUGGGCAUGUCUGAGUUACCCUCCAUACAAGACCUGAUGGAUGCUGUAUCUGAUCGUGAAUUUAAUACUCUAGCUGAUCUUGAUGACUUCAUGAAGACCCUUGAAGAUCUAGCAGACUUGUACUUUGAAAAAGCCUUUACUGCAAAAACUCGCAAGUUCAAGAGAGACCUCUACACUUCAAUGGAGGUUACCAAUGCUCUGUUAUAUUCCUUCAACUUCUACGACCCCAAUGAAUUUAAUGCUUCAUCCCUGGAGGGUGUUAGUGGACAUCACUUCCUAAAAGCUCAUGAACAAUAUUUCUGGGUUUUGAGUAAUAAAUGUUAUGAAUUAUCUGAUCUUGAUGACUUCAUGAAAACCCUUGAAGAUCUAGCAGACUUGUACUUUGAAAAAGCCCUUUUCGCAAAAACUCGCAAGUUCAAGAGAGACCUCUACACUUCAAUGGAGGUUACCAAUGCUCUGUUAUAUUCCUUCAACUUCUACGACCCCAAUGAAUUUAAUGCUUCAUCCCUGGAGGGUGUUAGUGGACAUCACUUCCUAAAAGCUCAUGAACAAUAUUUCUGGGUUUUGAGUAAUAAAUGGGAUGGAUGGCAGUCUAUCUUGGAGCUGACCCAGCCAGACUACAAACUAAAGAGCUUUGCAAGAUUCCAGCUUGGUCACAGCUAUGACAACAUUGAUAAAAUUGUAGCUGCAGUACAUCUAGAUUUGUUAUGGAUGGCCUUUGGUUCUGCCUCAAGCAGUGUAGUUACUAUAGUGUGCACUAGUUUGAAGACUGGACGCUGGCUUGUCACUCAGGAGAUAACCAUCCUGGGGAUGCUGAGUGCAGUACAUAUGUUUGAGGCCAGUGGCAAAGUUUACCUGGUUAUAGGUGAACGAGCCAGCGUUUCGCCUAAUAUUGAAGCCGGGUUGUAUGUCUUGAUAGACAACUACUUUGACCGUCGUGAUGACAUCAAGUUCAGGGUGCGGGGUGUCCAAGACAUCACUGGUUUCAAACAUGGUGAAACCUCUUAUUACUUGGUGUUUGGCUUGGAGUCUCCUGAGGCAGGAUUUGAAGUGUAUCAGCUGGACACAGAGAUGGACUUUAUAAGCUUGGUUCAAGCACUUCCUGACGGUGAUGCCAUGAAGGUUCAUCACUUUAUUGACAAACAUGAUGAAAAGAAUUAUAUCCUGACCAUCAGUGGCAGUUCUGUUCCUAAGAUAUAUAGAUGGUCAAAUCGCCAGCUGAGGGAGUGGCAGAGAAUGAAGUUCAAAGGCUUUGGUGCUUGCUGUUCAGUUGGUGUCCUGACAUUUGAUAACCUGGAAAAUUUGAUAUUUAUUGCCCAAGGGGGCAAGAUUACCUUCUACACAGAUGACAUGACUGGUCAUUACUUCCCAACAUUUUUCACUGACACAAACUGCACUGCAAUUAAAGACAUGCAAGGAAUGCAGCUGGAGAGUGACUAUAUAAUAUCUUACAUCUGUGUUGGUAUAGAUAGAAGUUUUAAACUGCAAUCCAGGAUCCUCGCCUUCCAGCAUGUGGACCUUGCGGAAUCUGAAACUACUACUGAUGACCUCUUGCACUGUUUGGACGAAGCAGAUGAACUCUUGGAAAGCAGACACACUGAUGUCACUCUACUUGCUAACCUGACUGCUAUCGGUUCUUUAAUGACACUUGGUGGUGCACAGACUUGGUCUGGCUUUGUGACCUUCAGCAAAGGACUCAAUGUGAUAGGCACUACAGUAUUCCACGACAAAGUUAACAUAAAGCCAACAGGCAAUAUUGUUCCCAUUCGUGGAACUUUGGUACAACUAUUGUCAAAAAUAAAAAAUUUGGAGUCGUCAGUACAAGAAAUGGCUACAGAUACAGAGAAGGUUUUGUAUCACUCUGGUGAUCAGACUAUUGUUGGCCCCAUCACAGGUUCCACUCUAACCAGUGACACUAUGACAAUAGAUAUGCUACAGAUUUGGAAGGUUAAUGGUAUCUCACUGACAGACUUUGAUGAGGUGUUCUUGGUAAAUGGCAUCGACCAGACAAUAGACUUCAGCUUUGUCAUGUCUUCGUUAAUGACAGACUCCUUUGUUACUCGCGGUGAUGGUUAUGCUGGCACUAUUAAUGGCAUUCGUACAGAUGAAUACAUGCGGUUGAGUAUCGGUGAGCAGUUUGUGACUGGUGAUCAUAAGUACAUUGCCAUAACCUCUGGUGACAUUACUCCUAGAGAAGGCAAUAAUUCAAUGUACAUAAAUGGAAUAGAUGUCAAAACAAUGGUUACCAAGGGAGCAACUGUAACUUUCAAUGAUCACAAGAGGUUUGAUGAUGUGGUGAUUCGUGGACACCUGAAUACCGAUUUUAUGAACGAUGUUAACUUGACCAGCCUAAGCAGCAGGGUAGUGUACACAGAUGUUGAAAUACAGCAGACACUUGCUGGGAUGUAUACUGUAGCAUCCUUACAAGUGGAUGGUAAUGUUGAUGCACUUACAAUCAAUGGUGUCAAUUUGAGAGAACUAGAUGCUAAAGUUGUUAAAACUACUGGCAACUUUACUUUGCAAGGUCCUGUGAUAUACAUGUCCAGCUUGACUGUGAAUGGAGAUCUUUGGGCCAGCAACGUAAAUGGCAUUAUCUGGGAUUACAUUUUGGAUCUCGAUUCCCCUGACCUAAUACCAGCAAAUUACUACUUUACUAAUGCAGCAGUAACAGAUGCUAUCAGGUGUAAUAAUAUAAAUGGACUGGACCUGAGUGAAGAUGUGGUACUAGUGGACUCUGUACAGACUAUUAGUGGUGAUGUGACUUUCCUGGCUGAUGUGAAGGUUACCAGCUUGGACGGUGUAGUGAUGGAAGAGGGAGGUACAGUAAAUGGUAUAGACCCUUCGUUGCUUCAUACAGAUGUUAGUACCCUUGUUAACGUAACUAUUGAUGAAGAGGUUCACAUAAAUGCUCCACUAUUGUGUUCAGGGGACAUCUUUGCCACAAAUAUUAAUGGUCUAACACUGGAUGGAAUUGAAGACCAGUACUGGAGAUAUUCGACUGAUCAGACCAUCUAUGUUGGCACUAAUAUUCGUCAAGCAGAAUUCCGCGGUCCAGUGACUGGCAGAAGUAUUAAUGGGAACCAAAUAUCAGACUACCUUCAUGCAUCAGGGCAACAAUACAUAACUGGAAUCUACACAUUCAAGGGACCAGUUCAUGUUGAAGGUGACCUGGAAAUGAUAAUGUCCAACACUGUGGAUGGAAUAGAUGUGUCCGAACUUGACAGAAAUGCUGUUAAACUCUAUGGGGAUCACACGGUAGAAUCGCCAAUUACUUUUGAUGGCAGAAUCAGGGUUGUUGGUGAUUUGGUAAUGCAUGGUCUUCUCAAUAGUCUGAAUAUAACUUCUGACCUGAUGAGGCUGGAUAGAUCCAUCCCUCACACUGGUCAUCUUGUGUUCCAUAAUACUGUUGUAGCAACAACCAUCACAUUAUCUGGCAAUUUGAUAGUGAAUACAAUCAAUGAUUUGGAUGUUGAAUCAGCUGCCUCACAACUGGUGCUGGUUGGCCAGGAAGCUGUGAUUAAAGGAGACCUUCAGUUCACAGGCUUUGUUGAUGUUUAUUCUUUAAAUGCUGGUACUGUGGAUGGAGUGAACCUUAAUGACCUUGCUGAAAGGUCCCUCAAGAAGUCUUCCUCGGUAACACAAGUAGUUACUGGGCACAUAACUGUGAAGAAUGUUCACUUCAACCAGGCUCCUUCUCUUGGUCUAGUAAACCUGAAAGAUUGGACUACACACCUUACAAAUGUGGUGACCUAUGACUAUGAUGGUGCUAUUCAAGGUACUAAGACUUUCCUCCAGCCACUGGAUAUAAAGGAAAAUUUUGACCCUGCCACAAUAAAUGGCCUCAGUGUUGCAGACCUUGUUGCUCGUAUCCUCACCAAGUCGACAGAUCAGAUGAUCCUUGGCCAUUAUACUUUCAGCAAUAGCAUAAGUGCUGUUGACGUGUCUGCCAGUAUCAUAGAUGGCAUUGCUAUGAGUGAUCUGGUGCUGACUGAUGCUGAUGCUUACAUGAGUGGCACUGUAACAUUCACACAGAAUGUAACCUUCCUUGGUGGACUUAAUAGUACCAGAGGCAUUUUAGAUGAUUGUGAUGUUUUGAAGGCCAAUGAACGUGCUAUUUGGAAACACGAGAAUGGGAGCAUGAGUUUCCAGUUGCCUGUGGAGGUUGGAAUGCUACUAGUAGCAGGCAGUGCGACGGCCAGUAGAGAAAUCCUUGGCGGUGCACUGAAUAUAGACAUCGUGCAUUUCCUCGAUACCCUAGUCUUGAAGUCUUCACACCAGGAAAUUACUGGUCAAGUGGAAUUUUUGCGUGAUGUCGAAAUUGGCAAUCUUCAUGUUGGGACCAUUGAUGGGAUAGAUAUUGAGGAACUCUUCAGGUUGUCACUUCUUGACAAUACUGAAACGGUGAUAAGGUGCAACUUGAACUUCACCAAGCCACUAAUUGUAGGUGUUCUGCAAGUGACUGAAGCACUGUCUGGUAUUGGUGGGAGUCAGGUGUUGGUUAAUGGCAUUAAUGUGCCUGAUGUUGCUGCAAGAGCAGUCCUUGCCACCGGUGGAACCUUCUUUAUCGCUGGUCGCAAAAUCUUUACCCGUGGUUUCAACACUGAGCACCUCUUCAUUUCUGGCUCCCUGGGUGGGAUAAACUUGCAAGAUUUGGUGCCUAUUUCAGCAACAGGAGUAAUUGUUGGUAAUGUAAAAUUUACUGCCCCCAUAAACAUCAUGGGAAACCUUAUGGUAUCUGGCUUAAUAGAUGGUGUGGAUCUGGCUUCAGUUUUUUCCAAUAGGGUAACACUUGGUGAAAACCAGACCCUCUUUGGGUCUUGGCAAUUUGAAGAGAUUAUAGUGGAAGGCGAUUUGGAAGUGGAGCAGAUCAAUGAUGUCCUCGUGUCUGAUCUGGUGGUAAAGUAUGGCAUGAUACUGCAAGAGAUAUCUGGCCACAAGAUUAUAACUGGUACCCUUAGUGUUCAGGGGGAUGUACACACUUCCCGGCUAAAUGGCUUAGACAUUGUGCAGCUUAACUCAAGCAUAGUGAGGAAGGACCAUGAUGCUAUUAUAACUGGAGUUUUGACCUUUGAGCAUGUGGUAAGAGCAAGAAAAUCCAUCUUUGUGCUUGGCACUGUUAAUGGCUUUGACUUGUCAUCACUGACUUACAACGUAUCUCCAUUGAAAAAGAUAAUUGAUCAGCAGUUUGAACGUAUAGAUAGACUUCGCCAACUCCUGGCUAAAAUCAAGAUAGCAAACUUUACUCAGGAACAAAGAUUUGAAUUAGCCUAUAUAGAAAAAGUGGGCUCCCAGGAGAUGCAACAAUUUGGACAUUUAUGGUUUGGUGUAAACUACUACAAUCUGGAGUCCUUCAACUACAUUGGCAUCACGAGUACAUCUGGUCGCUGUGUCUGCUGCUCUCAAAAGACCACAUUUUAUCAGGUGUGUUGUGAAUUCGGUGGUACGAUAGAUAGUACCCUGACUUCGGAAGUGCCUGGUGCUGUCUUUAUCCUCUCUCACCCUGACCUGAAUCUCCAGAUAAUGCUAAAUAGGAGGUGCACUGAAGAAAUUCCAACUACUGUGACUGUUGACAGUGCAUCUGACCCUUCAGUGACCCUGUUUACAACAACUUUGCAUCUUGGUGUAGUGAUUGAUGCAGGAAUGUUUGUUGAUGAUAAUCUUGCUUAUAUUGUAACGGUAACUGGACUUGAUGCCGAAAGAAAUAUCAUCCACACCUUGCUUGUUGACUUGGCACUGCAGAGAGUAGUCAUUGUAUGGGCUAAGGAAACAAACUACAGUGCAUCAAAAUUAGAUUUAAAUCUUGUAAAUGGAAACUGGUUCCUCUUGAUAAUAAAUAAAAUGAACAUUAGGAAGAGUUUUGAACCAUACACUGUUCCAUCUCAGCUUUAUAUGUGGGAAAGUGCUGUGAAGAAGUUCCGGCUGACUGGAGAGUAUGUGGCUGAUCAUGCAAGCUCUGGAAUAUUCCUGAAGUCCCAACUCCAUGGAGAAGACUUCUUUACUCUUGCUCAAGUGGAGACCAAGGAUUGUCCACUCCAUGAAGCUAACAGAAAAUUUACUAACAUAUUGGUCUUCAAAUAUGACAAGGACAUGGAGAAUUUUGUAGAGUUUGAGUGCCUACCAACAUACAGCGUUGUGGACCAAGCUUCUCUGACCAUAGACCAUACUAAUUACUUGGUGCUGCUCUCGGAACUUGGAGCUCUGCACGUUUAUGCUUAUCUACAUCCGGAAGGUUUUAAGCUGUUCCAAGAAAUCAAAAUAAAGGCAGCCUAUUCACUUGUCAUUGUGGAGAUCCCUGGUGGUCCUUUCAUUGUUGUUUCCAUCCGGUCUCCUCCAGGAAUAGUAGUUCUGAGGGCACACGUGCAGGGUAUUCAACCAUUCAGAUUACUAGAUUAGCCUCAAUGGCACUGUUUUUAUAAUAAUGUACUAGCAUAAUAAACUUAAAAUAUUU